UUAUUAAAUUUUGUAAAAAAUUUAAUUUAUUUAUUAAAAAUGGAUGUUGCUGAUGCUCCAAUUGGACAUCUUCGAGUUCGAGAUGAUAUUGGAAUCCGUUGCCAGAAAUUAUUUCAAGAUUUUUUAGAAGAAUUUAAAGAAGAUGGAGAAUAUAAAUAUAUAGAACCGUCAAAAGAAUUUGCAAAUCCAGAAAAAUGCACUUUCGAAGUUAGUUUCGAAGAUGUGGAAAAAUAUAAUCAAAAUUUGGCACAAACUAUUAUCGAAGAGUAUUAUAGAAUAUAUCCAUUCCUGUGUCAAGCAGUUAAAAAUUUUAUAAAAGAUCAUAGCGAAGAAAAAAGUGAUAAAGAUUGUUUUGUCAGUUUCGUCGAUGUACCAACUCGUCACAAAGUUAGAGAAUUAACAACAACGAAAAUCGGUACGCUUAUAAGAAUAUCUGGUCAAGUUGUUCGAACACAUCCUGUGCAUCCAGAACUUGUUUCUGGAACAUUUGUUUGCCUUGAAUGUCAAACAGUUAUUAAAGAUGUUGAACAACAAUUCAAAUUUACAAAUCCCACAAUAUGUCGAAAUCCGGUAUGUAAUAACCGUCGUCGUUUCAUGCUGGAUGUUGAUCAAUCGAAAUUCGUUGAUUUCCAAAAAGUACGAAUACAAGAAACACAAUCUGAAUUACCUAGAGGGUGUAUUCCUCGCAGUGUUGAAAUAGUUCUUCGAGGUGAAAUCGUCGAAACUGUACAAGCUGGGGAUCGUUACGAUUUCACGGGAACAUUAAUAGUAGUACCUGAUGUAGCUGUUCUUGCAAUGCCUGGUGCAAAAGCUGAAGUUGGUUCCAGGCACAAAAUGGGUGAGGAUAAAGGUGAAGGCGUUCGGGGUUUAAAAGCGCUGGGUGUACGCGAUUUACAAUAUCGUAUGGCAUUUUUGGCAUGUAGUGUCCAAGCAACAAAUUUACGAUUUGGUGGCACUGAUUUACCAUUAGAAGAAGUUACCGCUGAUAUGAUGAAACGACAAAUGACUGACGCUGAAUGGAAUAAAGUUUAUGAAAUGAGUCAUGAUAAAAUGUUGUAUCAAAAUUUAAUCUCGAGUUUAUUUCCAAGUGUACAUGGGAACGAUGAAGUGAAACGUGGUAUUUUAUUAAUGUUAUUUGGUGGCGUAUCGAAAAGCACGUUAGAAGGUACCAGUUUACGUGGUGAUAUCAAUUGUUGUAUUGUGGGUGAUCCGAGUACAGCAAAAUCACAAUUUUUAAAACAAGUUGCGGAUUUUUCACCACGUGCUGUAUACACGUCGGGUAAAGCGUCAUCAGCUGCUGGUUUAACUGCUGCCGUUGUACGUGACGAGGAAUCGUAUGAUUUUGUCAUUGAAGCUGGUGCGCUUAUGUUAGCUGAUAAUGGUAUUUGUUGCAUUGAUGAAUUUGAUAAAAUGGAUCCCCGAGAUCAAGUAGCCAUUCACGAAGCUAUGGAACAGCAAACUAUUUCGUUGGCUAAGGCUGGAGUUCGAGCUACAUUAAAUGCACGUACAUCCAUUUUGGCUGCUGCAAAUCCAAUUGGUGGACGAUAUGAUCGUACUAAAUCAUUACAACAAAAUGUACUAUUAUCUGCACCAAUUAUGUCACGUUUUGAUUUAUUUUUUAUUCUUGUUGAUGAAUGUAACGAAGUGGUUGAUUAUGCUAUUGCUAGAAAAAUUGUUGAUUUACAUAGUAACAUUGACGAUGGUAUUGAACGAGUUUAUACACAAGAAGAAGUUUUACGUUACAUUAUGUUCGCAAAACAAUUUAAGCCAAUUAUAAAUGAGGAAGCCGCUGAAUUAUUAGUAGAACAAUAUAAUCAUUUACGUCAACGUGAUGGUGUGAAUUCAGUAAAAGCUACAUGGCGGAUUACCGUACGUCAAUUAGAAAGUAUGAUACGUUUGGCAGAAGCAAUGGCUAAAAUGGAAUGUGCUGAUUUUGUACAAGCAAAGCAUGUAAAAGAAGCAUUCCGUUUAUUAAAUAAAUCUAUCAUACGUGUUGAACAACCAGAUAUCUACUUAAAUGAUGAUGAAAACAGUGAUGAAAUGAUGGAAACUGAAGGAGAACAUCAAACUAAUGGCGGAACAGAGAAUGGACAUACGCAAGAGCAAACAAAUGGAACAUCAGCAGCAACCAAAAAGAAACUUACAUUAUCAUUUGAAGAGUACAAAACGUUAACGAAUACUUUAGUUGUAUUUAUGCGUAAUGAAGAAACAAGAUUGGAGAGUGAAGGUGGUUCAAAUGAAGGAAUUCGCAAGAGUGAUGUGGUUGCAUGGUAUUUAAAUCUAAUUGAAGAACAAAUUGAGUCUGAAGAUGAGUUAAUUGAACGUAAACUUAUGAUUGAGAAGGUUAUCGAUCGAUUAAUUUAUCAUGAUCAAAUUAUUAUACCAUUGAUGUCAACGGGUUUAAAAGAUGAAACCAAAGGUGAUAAAGAAGAGGAAGAUCCUUUAUUAGUUGUUCAUCCAAAUUAUGUAAUAGAAUCUUAAGUUUUAUGUCGUACAAUUUAG